AUGGUGAAGUACGGCCUGGACUACACGCGCUGCAGAUGGAUCCUGCCCCUGCUCCUGGGCAUCGGGGUCAUCUUCGGCAUCAUCGCUCUGGCGGGCUGGGGCUGGCUGGAGUCGCAGACCCUGCCCUACGUGCUGCAAGCGUCGCUCUGGCAGAUCUGCAGGAGGGGUGACCAGGGCGGGCAAUGGAGCUGCGAGUCCCUCAUGGGCUACGCCUGGGGAAGAGCUGCUGCUGCCACAUACCUGGUUGGCUUUCUACUUCUGGUCAUCUGUUUUGCACUGGCCAUCAUAGCGUUUGCCAUCGACACGCUUCGGUUCAACUUCAUCCGUGGCAUCGGAGGCUUGCUGUUUGUGGCUGCUGUGUUCUCCAUCAUGGGCCUGGUCAUUUACCCAGUAAAGUUCUCAUCUGAAAUUGAGAUGACAGGAGUCAAUAUGUUCAGCUGGGCCUACGGCUUUGGCUGGACCACUGCCAUUAUGGAAAUAUGCUUGGGCUUCUUCUUCUGCUGCCUUCCUAACUAUGAAGAUCAGAUCCUGGGUAAUGUCAAGCCCACAUAUUUUUACUCUUCCCCAUAA